CCAUGCAGGCCCGCUACUCGGUGUCGGACCCCAACGCCCUGGGGGUGGUGCCUUACCUCAGCGAGCAGAACUACUACCGGGCGGCCGGCCCCUACGGCCCCGUGGCGGGCUCCGGGGGGGUGUACCCGGGCCCCGCCGAGCAGUACGCGGCGGGCCUGGGGCGCUCCUACGGGCCCUACCACCCGCACCAGCCCGCCGCCCCCAAGGACCUGGUGAAGCCGCCCUACUCCUACAUCGCCCUCAUCACCAUGGCCAUCCAGAACGCGCCCGACAAGAAGAUCACCCUCAACGGCAUCUACCAGUUCAUCAUGGAGCGCUUCCCCUUCUACCGGGAGAACAAGCAGGGCUGGCAGAACUCCAUCCGCCACAACCUCUCGCUCAACGAGUGCUUCGUCAAGGUGCCCCGCGACGACAAGAAGCCCGGCAAGGGCAGCUACUGGACCCUCGACCCGGACUCCUACAACAUGUUCGAGAACGGCUCCUUCCUGCGCCGGCGGAGGCGCUUCAAGAAGAAGGACGUCUCCAAGGAGAAGGACGAGCCCCUCCGCGACCGCCACCCCAAGGAGCCGCCCAAGGGCCCCGACGCCGCCGCCGCCGCCAAGGAGGCGCCGGCCGCCGCCCCGUCGGAGAAGAAGGUGGUCAUCAAGAGCGAGGCCGCCUCCCCGGACCUGCCCGUCAUCACCAAGGUGGAGACCCUCAGCCCGGAGAGCGGCGGCGGCGGCGGCGGGGGGCUGCGGGACAGCCCGCGGAGCGUGGCCUCCACGCCGUCGGGGUCCACCGAGAGCUCCCUGCCGGGAGACCCCCACCACCCGGGCGCCCCCAACGGCCUGUCGGGCUUCAGCGUGGAGAACAUCAUGACGCUGCGGACUUCCCCGCCGGGGGAGCUGAGCCCCGCCGGCCGGACGCCGGGCCUGGGCUCCCUCGGCUACCCCCCGGCCCAGCCGCCCUCCAUCUACAGCCAGGCCUGCAGCCAGGGGGGGCUGGGGGAGGCCGGCGGCAGCUACCAGUGCAGCAUGCGGGCCAUGAGCCUCUACGCCGGCGAGCGGGCCGCCCACCUGUGCGCCCCCGACGACGCGCCCGAGCAGCAGAGCAACGGCGCCGCCUCGCCCCUGGCCGCCAUGAACCUGGCGUCGGGGGGGCAGCACCAGGAGGCCCCCGGCCACUCCCACCACCCCCACCACCACCCCCACAUGCCUCACCCCCAGGGCGGCGGGCAGGCGGCGGCGGCCUCCUGGUACCUGAACGCCCCGUCGGAGCUCAACCCGCACCUGUCGGGCCACGCCUUCGGCUCGCAGCAGCAGGCCUUCCCCAACGUGCGGGACAUGUUCAGCUCUCACCGGCUGGGCCUGGAGACCUCGGCGCCGCUGAGCGACCCACAGGUGAGCACAAACGCCGGCUGCCAGAUCCCCUAUCGAUCCGCGCCCUCCAUAUACCGCCACUCCGCCACCCCUUACUCCUAUGACUGCGCCAAGUAUUGACCUCUGAGCGCGUGCAGAGGGCCGGCCGAGAGGAUCGGAGC